CAGACACUGAUGGGCUGCGUGCUGUAGGUGAGGUUGACAGAUGAUUAAAAUGUCCCAGAUGCAGCUGCUGAGGCUGUUCAUCAGUGAGCGGCUGCAGGCGGCUGCAGAGGAGAUCUUCUCUGCGGUGCAGAGGACGAUAACGGAGCACGAGGAGGAAGAUGCGCGCUCCCAACAAGACGGAGACCAACAUGGACUUAAACAGGAAGUACAUUUACACAAUGAAGACACAUCGCAGGUCUUUGUCUGUGAACGUGAGCAGAAGCAGUUCGGGCAGGAGUGGAGUCCUGACAGCUGCAACAACAACCCUAGUGUAGGCCAGGAGGACUGUGGACUACUGGUCCCAGAUCUGUCCGCAAUCAAACAGGAGCAGCCAUGGAGCAGUCCAGAGGGAGAACAGCUACCGGAUAUGGAGGAGUCUGAAUCCAGCACUUUGAAGUUGACACCUACCUGCAUGAACAGUUGCAUUUACCCAGACACAAGUGAGUUACAAACUCAUGAUACAGACAAUGAAGACCGAAUGCCUGUACCUCACACCUCAGCUGACCACAGAGGUGUUGAAGGAAACACUCUGAUUCGCAGUGAAUGUUGGCCUCUUUUGCCAGAUUGUUCUGUCACUCUGAAUACCAUGGAUCCUAAAUUCGGUUUAGCAACAUUGACAGACUACAGUGUCGGUAAAGUUCACACACAGAGUAUGACAGGGAGAAACCAGCUGACUAACAGCUGUGAACCACACAGCCCAACUACUCCACCAAAUAAAGAGACAAAGAGAAUAAGCAAAUUCUUCUGUCGUUAUUGUGGCGAAGAAUUCAGCCACAUGGCACAUCUGGCCACACACACUCAAAUCCACACAGGUGAGAAACAGUUCACCUGUGAAGUGUGUGGCAAAGAGUUUCGACAUAGCAACAGUGUGACAGCGCACAUGAAGAUUCACACAGAGGAGAAGCCAUACCGCUGUAGGAUUUGUGGCAAAGAGUUCCGUCAUGUGGGCAACUUGAACGUACAUACCAGAAUCCAUACCGGAGAGAAACCGUACGCCUGCACAGUGUGCGGGAAGAAGUUCAGUCGAAAUAAUCUGAUGACAAAACACAUGGCUGUACACACAGCCGAAAUGAGUUUAAGAACGAAGAGCUUGUUACGAAGAGGUUCAGUUGGCAUGCCUUCAUGAGAGUUGGGAGCUGCUGUAAUGGAAGAUUAAUAUAAUAAAAUAGACAAAUUUGCCCCUUCUUUAUAUAAUUGGUAAAAGACAUGAUGGGUUACAAUAAAAAGCUGUGAUUUGUUUUUAUACCCUUUUUUCUAUUAAUAUUGUAAAUUAUUUAUAGUACUAAACAUCAAGUUAUCUUUAUAUGUGUAAAGUCCUGCCAUUUAAUACAUUUCAGAUAGUUAAUACUUUCCACCCCAAUGUGUAGUGGUUCUUCACUUGAACAAAUCUAACCAAUGAUGCAGAAAUAUCAGAUUUAAGUGCCUGGCUCUUGUUAAUAAACUCUUAACCUCGA